AUGCACUAUCCAUCGUUUAUACUUAUUGAAAGAAUAUUCAAAAACAUAUCAGUAUCUGUACCUGUGCUGCCAGCUUCUGCCUCUAAUGAACAUUUAGGAAAGGCAGUAAUCCAGAAAAAUUUAGAACUCAGUGACGGUGACAUAGCUGCUGCUAACCUCAUGUACCAGUGUCCAGGCUGCGGGAAAACGUUCUACGAUCCAACUGGAGCUUUUGGGUAUUCCGGCACUGAUUUGAUACUCGACUUUGAGCGAUGCGAGUGGAGAAUCCGGGCAGCUGAAGGCGAACGAAUAAAACUGAAAAUCAUAAUAUCAAGAAUUCAUCAGACCUACAAUUGUUUACUAGACCAUGUAGAAAUUCGAGAUGGAAAUGCACCCUCUAAUCCUUUUAUAGAUCUCUACUGCAGCAGACUUGAAAAAAUAAAGAUUUAUCCGACAAAUAACUUGCUAGUCGUAUAUGUUAAAAUGAAUCAUCCCAACAUCAUCGGCGCUUUUGAAGCCGAAUAUGAAACCAUUUGCAAUCAGUUUGUUGAAUUGGAAAGUGGGAUGGUUUAUAACUUAGAGUCUCCAAAUUAUCCGGAAAAUUACAAACCGAAUAAAAAUUGCAAUUGGUACUUCUUGGCACCGGAAAAUCAUCAGAUAAAUAUCAAGUUUGAUUUCUUUGACAUUGAAAGCAGCCACAAUUGCAAGAAUGAUUAUGUGAGUAUUGCAGAAGGUGACGAUCAACGAUUGAAGCAAAUUGGGGUUUAUUGUGGCGUUAGAAAUGCUUGGCAAGUCAAUUCGACGGAGAGAAAAGUGUAUGUUAAAUUUUUUACUAAUCAAUCCAAACAAGACAAAGGUUUUGCUGCAACUAUAAGUUCAAUUAUGAUUUAA